AAAAAAUCAAAUCAGUAAAAUACAGUUAUUUACUUUUGGACUCUGUGCUAGCUCUCUCCCAUUCCCAAGUUCAGGUGUAGGUCACAGUUCCAGCUAAGGCUGAUAUAAAAGUCUCGUCUAUUUGAUUUCGACACCAGUAUCACCUGCAGUAGUCAUCUGUGCAGUAAGAAAAGCCGGAGCUCAGCAAAUCACAAAUCAAAAUGUACAAAGCCACUCUUAUCCUUGCGGCCCUAUGCCUUAUCGCCAGCAGCGGUGCAGUCGAUGAGUCGGAUGCCGUUAUCACCAAAUAUAGAUCUGAGAUUAAUGAGGAUGGCAGCUAUAGCUAUGAAUAUGGGACUUCAAACAACAUUCAGGCCGCAGAGAGUGGAGUGGGAAGUGCCUAUGCUACUGGAUCCGUACAAUACACAGCUCCCGAUGGACAACCCAUUAAUCUGGAGUACACAGCUGAUGAAAAUGGUUAUCAGCCAAAGGGCGAUCAUUUGCCAACACCUCCUCCAACUCCAGAUUACAUCUUGAGGGCAUUGGCAUACAUUGAGGAGCAUCCUUUCACAAGAGUUCAGCUCAAGAAAUAAGUUAAUGUAGUAUAACGCAUCACCGUGCUUAGAUUAAGCUAGUAAAUGAUAAAUAAUUUUUAAUUUCGUUAGUUAUUCGUUUUACUAUAAUGAUUUGUUGUUUUUUACAUUUUUCCUAGAAUCCGAUAUCGAUUAGAUUGUCUACUAGGAAAUAUUUGGGAUUCUGGUAACUUCUUUCACUUGGGAGAAAGGUUUUUUCUUGAUAUAAAUCAAAUUUGUUACAAAA